UGGAGGGUGGUGCUGGGGGAGAGAGAGGCUUUCAUCCACACUGUUCUCUCCCAGGGCACACGUAAUCUGUGAAGGUUCCAUCCCACCAAAUCCCCAGAUCUCCUCUCUGCCAACACUGAAACAUCGCUCCCUGGGUUCUACAUUUAUCCUCCUAAUUCCUACCCCUGACUCCUAUCUUCUGAGGCACAUGGAAGUUCAGUACUGGGGAAGAAGAUCUAAAAUGCAUAUUACAAUGACCCCGCUGGGCUUCCUGCUGUUUCUCACUGUGGCCACUGGAGCAUGGAGUGAAGAGGCGGCCAAUACUUACAACAAGGAGCGGACCUGUUCUUCUUGGUCUCUAUCUCAGUUCAGAAGCUGCAAGGAAAUCAAAGUGGAGUGCCCCCGUGCACGUGAUGGCCUGUAUUUUCUGCGCACCAAGAAUGGUGUUAUCUACCAGACCUUUUGUGACAUGACCACUGAGGGUGGUGGCUGGACCCUGGUGGCCAGUGUGCAUGAGAACAACAUGGCUGGGAAGUGCACAGUGGGUGAUCGCUGGUCCAGUCAGCAGGGCAGCAGAGCAGACUACCCACAGGGGGACAACAACUGGGCCAAUUACAAUACCUUUGGGUCUGCAGAAGCGGCCACAAGUGAUGACUACAAGAACCCUGGCUACUAUGACAUCCAGGCCAAGGACCUUGGCAUCUGGCAUGUGCCCAACAACUCCCCCAUGGAAUACUGGAGGAACAGCUCCCUGCUGAGGUACCACACUGAAACUGGCUUCUUCCAGAGACUAGGACACAAUCUGUUUGGCCUCUACCAGAAAUACCCAGUGAAAUAUGGAGCAGGAAAGUGUUGGACUGACAAUGGCCCGGCUAUCCCUGUGUUCUACGAUUUUGGUGAUGCCCAGAAAACAGCAUCAUAUUACUCACCUUAUGGCCGGCCGGAAUUCACUGCAGGAUUUGUUCAGUUCAGGGUAUUUAAUAAUGAGAGAGCAGCCAAUGCCUUGUGUGCUGGAAUGAGGGUCACUGGAUGUAACACUGAGCACCACUGCAUCGGUGGAGGAGGGUUCUUUCCAGAGGGCAAUCCCAUCCAGUGUGGGGAUUUCUCUGCCUUUGACUGGAACGGAUAUGGAGCUCAUAUUGGUUACAGUAGCAGCCGGGAAAUAACGGAGGCAGCUGUGCUUCUGUUCUACCAUUGAGAGUGCUAUGGUGUGGCCCAGCCCUCUUCUCCCAAGCAGGGAUCCCAAGGAUGGAGAAUAAUUUACCAACUGGAUUGCUAAUGGUAUAAGAGAAGAGAAUAAAUUGUAAUGAUCAAA